CCAAUAUCUUUUAAACACGGAAAAGCACUUCAAACUCAAAUCACCAACUACCUAAUACUGUGCUCCAAGGCAGUUUAACUUCCUUCAUCCUAAACCACCACCAAUCCAUGGCUGCCACGGUUUCAACAGUGCCAACUGUUAACAGAACUCCGUUGAGCUUGAACGGCUCUGGUUCUGGAGGUUUGGUACCAAGCUCAGCCUUCCUAGGCAGCAGUUUGAAGAAGGUGAGCUCAAGAUUCACCUACCCAAAGGUUGUAUCUGGAAACUUUAAGGUUGUUGCUGAGACCAGUGAAGAGAAGCAGACCGAAAAGGACAAGUGGAAAGGCCUUGCCUUCGACACAUCUGAUGACCAGCAAGACAUCACCAGAGGAAAAGGAAUGGUUGAUACUCUUUUCCAAGCUCCCACGGGGACUGGAACUCACCAUGCUGUUUUGAGCUCAUACGAAUACAUUAGUACUGGGCUUCGGCAAUACAACUUGGAUAACAGUAUGGAUGGUUUCUACAUAGCUCCAGCUUUCAUGGACAAACUUGUGGUUCACAUCACCAAAAACUUCAUGUCCUUGCCUAACAUCAAGGUUCCUCUCAUUCUGGGUGUUUGGGGAGGCAAAGGUCAAGGUAAAUCUUUCCAGUGUGAGCUUGUCUUUGCCAAGAUGGGAAUUAGCCCCAUCAUGAUGAGUGCUGGAGAACUGGAAAGUGGGAAUGCAGGAGAGCCGGCAAAAUUGAUCAGGCAAAGGUAUCGUGAGGCAGCAGACAUCAUUAGGAAAGGAAAAAUGUGCUGCCUCUUUAUCAAUGAUCUUGAUGCGGGUGCAGGUAGAAUGGGUGGAACUACCCAAUACACUGUGAACAAUCAGAUGGUGAAUGCUACCCUUAUGAACAUUGCUGAUAACCCAACAAAUGUCCAGCUUCCGGGCAUGUACAACAAGGAGGACAAUCCCCGUGUCCCCAUCAUAGUCACUGGCAAUGACUUCUCCACAUUGUAUGCUCCUCUCAUUCGUGAUGGUCGUAUGGAGAAAUUCUAUUGGGCUCCCACCCGGGAUGACCGGAUUGGUGUUUGCCUUGGUAUCUUCAGGAGUGACAAUAUUGCCGAGGAGGAUGUUGUCAAGAUUGUUGAUACAUUCCCUGGCCAAUCUAUUGACUUCUUUGGUGCCCUAAGAGCUCGAGUUUACGACGAUGAAGUGAGGAAGUGGAUAUCAGGUAUUGGAGUACAGAGCAUUGGAAAGAGUCUUGUGAACUCAAAGGAUGGUCCCCCAACCUUUGAGCAGCCAAAAAUGACUCUUGAAAAGCUCCUAGAGUAUGGUAACAUGCUUGUCCAGGAACAGGACAAUGUGAAGAGAGUUCAAUUGGCAGACCAGUACAUGAGUGAAGCAGCUCUUGGAGAUGCAAACAAAGAUUCCAUCAAUAGAGGAACUUUCUAUGGCAAGGCAGCCCAACAAGUUCAUGUGCCUGUCCCUGAAGGUUGCACUGAUCCAUCUGCAUCAAACUUUGACCCAACUGCCAGGAGCGAUAAUGGUAGCUGCCAGUAUUGAGUUUAAGCCCUUUACAGCCUUCUAGAUACGAGGCUAUUUAAAUUCUGUUUGAGAGUGCGUGGACUUAUUAAUAUCUAGGAUUGCUGACUUUUCUCAAUAUUGAGAGGCAUUCCUGGUUUCUUUGUAAUGUAUACUUUUACCAUAUUUAGUGCUUUUUUUACACGCAUCUUUGAUUU